UCAGAAAUCAAGGCGGCAAUAACAUCCUGUAAAGCAGGAAAGGCAGCAGGCCCCGAUCGACUAGGAAAUGGCUGGUACCGCGAGUUUGCCUCGCACCUCGUUCCAAUCUUUGCGGUGGUUCUGAACAAAUGGUACACGGAGGGUGUUUUCCCCGCUUCCUUUGUGGAGGCGGACAUUUUCUGUCUAAAGAAGGGCGGGGAUCAACAUAACGCUCUCAAUUACCGACCGCUGGCGCUGUUAAACACCGACUAUAAGAUCUUCACUCGUAUUUUGCCGACGAGGGUGAGGGAGACGCUGGAUGACCGCAUCCAUCCCAGUCAG